AUGACAAAACGCGACUAUCAAAAUGACACCACUGCCGAAAGCAGGCCUACAAAGAAGUCCAAAGGAGAGAAGAAGGUGAAAGAGACGAAAGAGAAAAAAGAGAAGAAAGUCAAGUCCUACGUUCAGAACCCUUCGCUUGACACCCUUCCUCAGGCUGAGAUCGACGAAUUCCUUGCGAGUAAUUCCAUCAAGAUCACAGAUACAUUGCCUGAUGCCACUCCUCUUCGUCCGAUUAUCUCCUUCUCUCAUCUCCCGGAAUGCAACAGCAAUCUAUAUGAGCAGCUGAACUCAUUCAAAUCGCCAACGUCUAUCCAGUCAGCGACAUGGCCUCUGUUAUUUGGCGGCCGUGAUGUUAUUGGAAUCGCGGAGACUGGUAGCGGAAAGACCCUUGCGUUCGGUUUGCCAUGCCUCAAGAAGAUCGAGGACUCGAAGAAAAAGAAAUCGAAGCCCUAUCAGCCCAUGGCGGUGAUCAUCUCCCCAACUAGGGAGCUUGCGAUGCAGAUUCAUGACCAGCUCCAGAAAUUCGCUGGGCCCGUGGGUGCCAAAGUCGCAUGUAUAUUUGGUGGAGUGAGGAAGGACGAACAGCGCGAAGUUCUGAAGACAGCGAACAUCGUGGUCGCAACCCCUGGUCGGUUGAAAGACUUGCAAAACGACGGCUCGGUCGAUCUGGGCAAGGUCCGGUACCUUGUUCUCGACGAAGCCGAUCGCAUGCUGGACAAGGGAUUCGAGCAAGAUAUCAAGGACAUCAUCCAGCCUAUGCCUGUGUCGAAGCGCCAGACUGUCAUGUUCACCGCAACUUGGCCUCCUGUCGUCAGAGAACUUGCGUCUACAUUCAUGUCUUCGCCCGUGACAGUGACCAUCGGCGGGGACCCGUCUGCGGACCCGCGCGCAAACACCCGAAUCAAGCAAGUCGUUGAAGUGGUCAAGCCUCAUGAGAAAGAGGGUAGACUCGUGCAGCUGCUGAAGCAACACCAACGUGGUGCCGAGAAGGUCCUCGCUUUCUGCUUGUACAAGAAGGAAGCGACGCGCAUCGAACGGUUCCUCCAAUCGAGGGGAUUCAAAGUUGCUGGCAUCCAUGGUGAUCUUAGCCAGCAAGAGAGAUUCCGGAGCUUGGAUGCCUUCAAAACUGGCGCUGCUACGGUUCUUGUUGCCACGGAUGUGGCAGCUCGUGGGCUGGACAUACCCGCAGUCAAACUUGUCAUUAAUGUUACAUUCCCCCUUACUGUGGAGGACUAUGUGCAUCGCAUUGGCCGAACUGGCCGUGCUGGAGCCGAAGGACAUGCGAUCACUCUGUUUACUGAAACAGACAAGGCUCAAUCUGGAGCUCUGAUCAACGUGUUGAAGGCUGCUGGCCAGGAAGUCCCAGAGGAGCUUCUCAAGUUUGGUGGAACUGUCAAGAAGAAGCAACAUGAUGCAUAUGGAGCAUUUUUCAAAGAUGUCGAUACGACCAAGGCGGCCACGAAGAUCGUUUUCGAUGAUUGA